ACCUCUGUCUAGAAUAUGUGAGGCAAUCAUGUACUUCUGCGUCUAGCGCUUGGUGAACUCCAGUCCCACUGAAAUAAUGGGUUAGAAAACUCUUCAAACUUAAUGGAUUACCCUGACUUCACAAAGCACAGAUUCGUUUCAAAACCAAACUGAAUAAGUCCUUUGCAUAAGCCAUAAUUAAUGGUGCAAUGAUUGAGUCCAACGUGAGUCUGAGUUGCGCGUGGUGCGCUGGAGGUGGUGACGGAACCAGCGCGCACUUGGAUGAGAAUCACUCAGAACACAGUCUGAGUCCGACCGGACACCUGGUGGUCGCCGUGUGCCUUGGAUUCAUCGGAACUUUCGGGUUUCUCAACAACACGCUCGUUCUCAUCCUGUUCUGUCGCUACAAAGUGCUGCGCUCGCCCAUGAACUGUCUUCUGGUGAGCAUCUCAGUGAGUGAUCUGCUGGUGUGCGUCCUCGGCACGCCGUUCAGCUUCGCCGCCAGUACGCAGGGCCGGUGGCUCAUCGGACGAGCGGGAUGUGUGUGGUACGGCUUCAUCAAUACAUUUUUGGGUGUCGUGUCUCUAAUCUUGCUUGCGGUGCUCUCUUACGAGCGCUACUGCACCAUGAUGGGGGCCACACAGGCAGACUCUACCAAUUACAGAAAGGUGGCCAUGGGUAUUGCCUUCUCCUGGAUAUAUUCCAUGAUUUGGACUAUUCCGCCACUGUUUGGAUGGAGCUGCUAUGGUCCGGAGGGGCCCGGCACCACCUGCAGUGUCAACUGGGCCGCCAGGACAGCCAACAACGUGUCUUACAUCGUCUGUCUGUUUAUCUUCUGCCUUAUUCUUCCUUUUAUGGUGAUUGUCUACAGCUAUGGCAGACUCCUACAGGCUAUUACACAAAUGAGCAGGAUCAAUACGGCGGUGAGUCGUAAGCGGGAGCAGCGUGUUCUCUUCAUGGUGGUUACAAUGGUGGUGUGUUAUCUGCUGUGCUGGCUGCCCUAUGGGGUUAUGGCCCUGCUGGCCACAUUCGGACGUCCCGGCCUGGUCACACCAGCGGCCAGCAUCGUUCCUUCUCUGUUAGCCAAGAGCAGCACCGUCAUAAACCCCAUCAUCUACAUCUUCAUGAACAAACAGUUUUGCAGAUGUUUCCAUGCACUCAUCAUGUGCACCACCCCAGAGAGAGGCUCCAGCUUCAAAAACUCCUCCAAAGUCACCAAAACUCUCAGGACAGUGCGACGCGCCAACGGCCAGAAUGUGACCUUCGCCGUGGCCUCAGCUGGCCAUCCUGCUAUCUUUGCUCCAAACAGCGGCAGGCAGAAAAGUUCCUCAGAGGGUGAGAAACCAUCUCCUGCUGCGGGCCAGGGCACCAACAGACCUGUUGUCUCUCUUGUGGCCUAUUACAAUGGUUGAGCUCAUACAGUAAGGACAAACCAACACUAAUACAAUGGAAUUAAGGUUGACGGAGGUCACGGAUUGCGCAAAAAGAGAAUUGAUGAGUGGAUGUGUCUUGCAGAGAAAUGUGGAAGUAGGACACACUCUCGCUGACAAUCAUGUGUAUGCAUGACCGUUCUAAGGGGGAAAAAAAAAUGGAAAUUGAAAGAAGAAGAAAGGACUGACACUCCAUAAGUUUAAAACAUGCAUAUGGAACUAACUAUUCAUUUAGCUGAUGUUUCUUAUGAGUCCAGGAUGUAAAUGUGCUCUCUGAUUUUGGUGAGAUGUCUCUCUCUUAAAAACUGGGCAUGAGCCAGUUUUUUCCUGUUUUAUUUGACUUUAACAAGAACUCUUUUUCUACCAGUUCCUUACUGGUUUGGAUAACCAGUGUAGCACAGAUUUAAAGUGUGGACAUGUACAAGUACACUAAGCACACAAAGAAAUUUUGUGAAAGAAAUGGUUGACCCAAAAAUGAAAAUUUGCCCCAAAUUUACUUUCCCUCAGGCUGUUCAAGAUGUAGAUGAGUUUGUUUCUUUAUCAGAACAGAUUUGGAGAAAUUUAACAUUACUGUACAUCACUUGCUCAUCAAUGGAUCCUCUGCAGUGAAUGGGUGCCGUCGGAAUGAGAGUUCAAACAGCUGAUAAAAACAUCACAAUUGUGACCCUGGAUCACAAAACCAGUCAUAAGGGUCAUUUUUUCAAAAUUGAGAUUUACACAUCAUAUGAAAGCUGGAUAAAUAAGCUUUUGAUUGAUGUAUAGUUUGUUAGAAUAGGACAAUAUUUGGUCGAGAUAUGACUAUUUUAAAAAUCAGGAAUCUGAGGGUGCAGAAAAAUCAAAAUAUUGAGAAAAUUGCCUUUAAAGUUCUUCAAAUAAUGUUCUUAACAAUGCAUAUUACUAAUCAAAAAUUAAGUUUUCAUACAUUUACAGUAGGAAUUUUACAAAAUAUCUUCAUGGAACAUGAUCUUUACUUAAUUUCCUAAUGAUAUUUGCCAUAAAAGAAAAAUCAAUAAUUUUGACCCAUACAAUGUAUUUUUGGCUAUUGCUACAAAUACAUCCCAGCGACUUAAGACUGGUUUUGUGGUCCAGGGUCACAAUUGCUUUUUCCAGUGAAAAGAGGAAAGUAUUGAAAUCAAGCACUGUUUACAAGCCAAAACAGCUCUAAAUAAAUGUAUUGGUGGGUUUUGAUGUUAGAAGAUGAUGGGAUGGACUUUUUCACUGGAGGAAGCAUUAUUAUGGAUUAUGGACUAUUACGGUAUUUCGGCCAGAAGCGACAGUUGAAAGUUAAAAUGCCUUAAAGUGACAGUUCACCCAAAAAUGAAAAUUAUCCCAUGAUUUACUCACCCUCAAGCCAUCCUAGGCAUAUAUGAUAUAUGAUAAUGCAAUCAGAGUUAUAUUUAAAAAUCUCCUGGCUCGUUCAAGCUUUAU